AUGGUCGACUACCGUGCGGCAAACGUUCGGAUGUUUAACUGGGGUCGGAUGGCUAGGCAGCAGGGCAGAAAAUUGAACCAACUUGACGCUAACGGCCAUGUUUUGGAGGCCGAUCUCUGGGGUAAGGCUGCUCAGGAUUGGCGGGCUCGGACAUGGAUUCUUUUGGUUGCCUCCAUUACGGUUGAUCGGUGGCCUCGCUGCGCAUUGAAUCCAGGGGAUAUCGCUGGGAUGUAUUCUUACUUGGUGGUCUUUGGAUUGACUCGCUCGUAG